AUGGAGAAGGACGGCGCGCUGAAGCCGGUGGCGGCGGCGGAGGCCACCGCAGCGAAGCCGGAGACGUUGACGGGGACCCAUCAGCCGACGUGGGCACAAGCGCAGUGGACCAGCAUCAAGAGCAAGGCCCGCGGCGCCAGCGAAUACGCCAUGCUGAGGACCCGCCAGGGCAUCUCCAUGUUCGGGGAGCCCAAGCUCGGGUCUUUGGUCAAGCCCAAGGGAGCAUCAGCUAAGGAUCCAGUGGAUCCAUGCAUGCAUGUGUUCUUGAUUGAUGCCACGGGCGGCAGCAAGCAAGUGUGA